AUGGAGAACUCUGAGCUCUUCCAAUUCUUCACAAACACCCACGAUUCCUUCUUCAACUCUGCGUUUUUCGGCUUCCCUUCAGCAUCAACGAUGCCACAUAGCUUCUGUAGCUCCUCUUCUUAUUACCCUGUGGAAGCAUCUGAUGCACCAUCUCAUCAUGAUAAAGCUCUUGCUGCUUUGAGGAACCACAAAGAGGCUGAGAAAAGGAGGAGGGAAAGAAUCAACUCUCACCUCGACAAGCUUCGCACUCUUCUUCCUUGCAGUUCCAAGACAGACAAGGCUUCACUUCUUGCGAAGGUGGUCGAAAGGGUGAAAGAGUUGAAGCAUCAAACAUCUAAAAUCACCGAAUCUGAAACCUUUCCUUCGGAGACGGACGAGAUGACUGUUGUGUCCACCAGCGGUGACGGGGAUGGAAGGCUCAUAUUCAAAGCCUCUCUAUGUUGUGAAGAUCGCUCUGACCUCAUCCCUGACCUCAUUGAAAUUCUUAGGUCCUUACAUCUCAAAACGCUCAAAGCCGAAAUGGCAACGCUUGGUGGAAGAACCCGCAAUGUUCUUGUCGUCGCCACUGAUAAAGAUCAUAGCGUUGAAUCCAUCCAGUUUCUGCACAACUCGCUCAAGUCUUUGGUAGAACGCUCCGAUUCUCGCGACCGAUCCAAACGCCGCCGUUUCUAA